CAAUAAACACAACUCAACGUGGUCAAACUGUGGGCCUUGCUCCCGUUGCUCCCCAAACUGUAUGCCUAACGGGCCUAACCCUUGGGCCUAACGACCUAACCCUCUGCCUAACCGAAGGCGGCCUACCCAAGGCCAUAUAAUAUAGUGGCCUACCUGGUGCCGGUGUGGGGAGUUAGUGCGCCGUGGUGACCGCGGCGCCAUGACGGACGUGCCGACAGAGAUGGCCGGCGCCGGGGAGCUGCUGCGCUCGCUGCGCGCCGUGGUGCCGCGGCUGCGCGCCCAGCAGCACAAGGGCCAGGCGGGGCGCGUGGGCGUCCUGGGCGGCAGCGCAGAGUACACGGGCGCGCCCUACUUCGCCGCCAUCACGGCCAUGCGGACGGGCGCCGACCUGGCCCACGUGUUCUGCCCGCGCGACGCGGCCGCCGCCAUCAAGGCGUACGGCCCGGACGUGAUCGUGCACCCGGUGCUGGACGCGCCCGACGCCGUGGCUCAGAUACGCGAGUGGGCGCCGCGGCUGUGCUCGCUGGUGGUGGGGCCCGGCCUGGGCCGCGACCGGCGCACGCUGGACACGGUGCAGCGCCUGGUGGAGGCGCUGCGGCCGCUCGAGCUGCCGAUGGUGUUCGACGCGGACGCGCUGUGGCUGGUGGCGCAGGCACCGGACUUGGUGCGCGGCUACCACAGCGCCGUGCUGACGCCCAACGCGGCAGAGUUCGGCCGCCUCUACAAGGCCGUGCUGCACGAGGAGCUGGCCGUGGCGCACUACGGCGAGCAGCACGUGCGCGCCCUGUCGCGCGAGCUCGGCGACGUGGCCAUCGUGCGGAAGGGCCGCGACGACGCGGUGGUGUGCGGCGACACGGCGCUGUGGUGCUCGGAGCCGGGCAGUCUGCGCCGCUGCGGCGGCCAGGGCGACCUGCUGGCCGGCGCGCUGGCCACGCUGCUCCACUGGACCAAGACCACCAACCAGCCGCUGGCCGUGGACGCCCGACUGCUGGCCGCCUACGGCGCGUGCGCCCUCACCCGGCGUGCCUCCCGGCUGGCGUUCGAGCGGCACGGCCGCAGCAUGCUGGCCAGCGACAUGCUGCAGCACGUGCACACGGCGUUCGAGCAGCUCUUUGAGGACAGAGUGGGCGGCUGAGGAUUUGGGCGGAGGCCGGCCGCUGUCCGGACCGCCCGUCCGGCUACCGGGGUCCUCUAUCCCGGCGCCAGGCGGCCGAGCAAUAUGUGGCCAGUUUGUGUGUACGUGUCUGGGGACUGCUGUCAGGGCGCGGCGCGCACCACGUACCGCGCUGUAUGGUGCACGGGAUACCUACUGUGAAUGAUAUACUCUGACGUUGGGUCACUGGAGCGAGAUGUUUCGUUAGGAGCGCGCAUAUUUACACACAUGCUCAGCCUUAACAGUCAUGUGACCGUGUUUGAAGACAUUUUUUACUGUAUCCUGUAAGGGUUUGUAUGAGCUCACGGUGUUAGGACUUCCAGUCACAUCCGCUUUCAUGCACAAAUGAAUACACUUGACGGAAAGCGCAA